CCACUCUUCCUGCACUUCUUCAAUCCGUUGUUCAAGAAAAGAUGCGCGAGAAAAACCAAAUCCUCCCGUUAUUUUGGCCGAUGUUUGCUUAGACAAAUAGUGUUUAAGUGGUGUUAACACUAUUUGACAGUGCCUUAUAGAUGGACUUGGACAACGUAGAAAUCUUAGCUGAGAGUAUUAUUAAGAUAGAACAUGUUAAACAGGAAGCUGAUAAUUUGGACAUACCUAUCUGGAAUAUCACAAACUUUCUUCCAGCUUCGUAUAACUACGUAGUUCCACAAUUUUUGAAAGAAAGCGACAAUGAAUUUGAGGCUGAGAUACGAGCAAAUUUAUUUUCGAGGGAUGAUGCGCAUUCUUGGCUGCGUCAGUUUGAAGAAACCAACAAACUGAAUUUUAGAAUUUUGAGAACGUAUCCCGAUCGGAAUGAAAAUUCAUCAAAGGUUACAUUCAAGGUUGAUUAUCGUUGUCAUCGCAAUACUGGAGCAAAUUACCCAUCUUCUAAAACUAAAUGUCCUUCAGCUAAGAACACCAACUGUCCGGCACUCUUAAGAAUAACAAUAAAGAACUCAAAAAUGAAAAGAAGCAAGGAUCGUCUGUUGGCUACGCAUCCUUGUGAAAUUUAUAUUAAGCACAAGCACAAUCAUUUGAUUGGUGAUGAAGAUGCGUUGCGUCACAGACGACCCCAUCCGGAAACGGAGAGGAAAAUAAUGGAACUGUUUGCCUCAGGGCAUUCUCCAAGAACUGCUCUGGAUAUUGUGAAGUAUGACUUACAAGAGUUGUAUGGAGAGGAUUACUUCAAGUAUGCAGCUGACGGAGCGUUUUGUCCCUCUUUGAGAUGGGCUUUCAACAAAUAUGUAGAAUUUAAAAAGGUAUACGGGAAGCAAGAUGGUAUACAAAUGAUAAAAUCAUUAGAGAAUUUGAUUGAGAAUUAUAAUUCAAAAUGUAAAAUCGAGGCAGCAAAAUUGUACUUUGAACAAGAUUCAAAUGAAAUAGUUGUGUCAAUUUGUACCCCUUUUAUGAAGCGGGUACAUGAACAUUUAAAAUCUUCAUCUGAAAUCAUGUUUGUUGAUUAUUCAGGUUCAGAGGAUAGACACCGCAAUAGAGUGUUUACAUUGCUGGCACCUAGUGUCGCAGGAGCUCUUCCAGUAGGCAUUGUGAUUCUUUUUUCUGAAUCUGAAAACAGUUUCACCAAAGGGUUGACACUUUUCAAAGAAAUUUUGCCAACAAGUGCUUUCUUUGGAAACAUGGAGCCUGGUGUUAUUAUGACAGACGAUUCAACAUGUGAGCGCAAUAGUCUACGGAAUGCUUUUCCAGGUGCCAAACUACUCCUCUGCAAAUUUCAUAUUUUGCAAGCAUUUUGGAGACAUUUAUUAAAUGCGAAGAACAAUGUGCAACAGGAACACCGCUCAGAAAUAUUCGGUCGUUUUCAAGAACUUUUUACUUGUGAAGAUAAGGUUGAGAGUGAGACACUCUUUGAAAAUAUUAUUUCUAGUGAUGUUGUUAAAAUAUAUCCCAACAUUGUAAAUUAUAUUAGAAAAAUGCAAACCCGAGUUGAAGAAUGGAUGCCAGCAUUCACACAUCACAUAUUAACUGGAGAUCACAGCUCUAACAAUAUCAAAGUAUCAAAUUUCAGGACCAUUAAGAAUAAGGUACUGCAGAGGGUUAAGGCAUACAAUGUUGUUCAACUCUUUCAUUUCCUCACUACAAGGUAUGAUUCAUUUUUUGAAAGAAAACUUGCAGACUUUUUAGGAAACAGAAGUUUAAAUAAGGCAAGAUCAAGGUAUCACGUUCCUAAAGAGGAAACAGAGAAUCUCAGUGUUGCCAAACUGGGUGAAGCCAUUUUUCUCGUAAAGAGCCUGGAUGAGCACACGGAGUAUGAAGUGAAUACACUACUAGAACUAUGUACUUGCAAAGAUGGUAACAAAGGAGCCCCAUGUAAGCACCAACUAGCAGUGGUAUUGAAGUUUGAGAUAGAAGACAAUCAAUCAGCCGUGCAGGGCAAUAACACACAAGUAAUGAGUAUUUUCCAUAAAAUAUUGACUGGAUCUGAAGUCAAUAGUGGGUAGUCCCAGUGGGAUGGUACACGUGCAUUACCAGUGGUGAAAACAGUAAUUCAUAAUUAGUAGAAGAUGAGAAAGGAACGAUAUUUUAAGGGAAUCAGUUAAGAAAGAUACUGACGAUGCUAAAGAUUAGCCAGAAAUGAUACGAACGUAGAGACAAUCAGCAGUGCAGGGCAAUAACACAAAAGUAAAGUGUUUUCCCUAAAAUAUUGACUGGAUCUGAAGUCAAUGUCCCAGUGGGAUGGUACACUUGCAUUACCAGUGGUGAAAACUAAUUCAUAAUUAGUAGAAGAUGAGAAAGGAAUGGUAUGUUAAGGAAAUCGCUGAAUAAAGACGCUGAAGAUGCUAAAGAUUAGACAGAAAUGAUACAAAUGUAGAGGACUGGUCUUCAUUUGAUGCUACAAUUCAAUUGGGAUCUUGGCCUUUUCAAGUAUGUCUUUCAUUCCUUCCUGUCUCGUGCUUACCUCUUCCAAUUCUUAACCCCAGUGUUACGGGAAUGUCAGUGUAAUGUUUCGGUUCUGAAGCACAUCAUCUUUCCAUCUCAUGUGUGUCUUUCCUUUAUUACAAGUUCUUAAAGGCUUCCAGUUCAUGACUUGUGUGAUACUUCUAUUAAAGUCCAUCAUUUCUAAACGUCCUAAACGAAACGAGGUGGGUCAAGAAAACCUGAAAGCACAUGCUAAGAA